CUGAGCCGAGUGGUUGUGCCAAAUUCGGCAUAAAUACGAAAACCCGUGAAUGCUCAAAUUAAGCAAACGAACCCAAUAUGAGAAGCGAGAAUUAAACACUUGUUCACAUCAAUUGUCUUUAGAUGCACGAACGUGCAUGUGCAUAGGUACGACGGUAUAAGUACCGUAGCGUGAAGUUUAGUAAGUAAUUUAAAAGCAAGUGACUAGCAACAAAUUAUACGCGAAAUAUUCCUCCGAAGGUGAGAUUUGUUUAAGCGCAUUUUCGAAAGUACUUUACGUCUUUUAUUUGUGUUUUCAAUCGACGCGCGUACGUUUCAAAAGGUCAUUGUUUUUUAUUUAAAUUAAUCGCAACACCUACGCUGAAUGUGCAAAUAUUUUUGUGAAGAAGUUCUACAUAUUCUUCAACUUAUUCUGGAUGCAUGGAUACAUGAAUGAGCUUAGUGUAAAGAAUCGAAAGUCAAUACUUAUGAAAAGCGAAAGAACGACAAAGUUACGUGAAGUUUUUAAAUAAAAAAAGUCCUGAAAAAGUUCGAAAGCCACGCAUUGUAGUCAUUUGCAUUGGGAACUUUUAUUGCUUUUGAAUGAAAUGGAGAUGACAGAAAAACAAAUGGAAGGUCAACUAAAUAAUGCAUAUGAGAUUGGUGAUGCGAUAGAAAAUGUAGCGAGCGCAGACCACGAUGUCAAUAAGAUAGACAAAAUAGAAUCUGAUAUAGAAUAUGAGAAGAAGAAACCAAACAGGAAACAAAGAAUUAAAAAAGCGACACACACUGGUCUCAAGGUGUUAGUUCACCUCGUUGUCGGGGGGUAUUUCGCAUAUGCGACAUAUCACUAUAUCGAUGUCGCGAAUAACGACUGCGAUUCGAAUAGCCCAAAUCAGCUGUGUGGUAUCCAGUUCUGCAGUGGUUAUGGAAUGCUGGUGCUAAUACUGGGAUUUGUUUAUUUGGGUCUUCUCUACUAUAAAGUCGUGAAGCCAACUAUAGGGAAACAGUUAAAAAGGCAAUAUAUUUCCCCAUUUGGAAAAUGGUGGAAAACUUUCAGUAGAACGAGGAUUGUAUCGAGUAUUAUGCUGGUAACGCUUCUUAUAGCGCUGGUGGUAUUUUUGUUCUUUGAAACCAAGGACGAUAGAAAUAAAUUAAAAUCGCUGGUGGCGCCAUGUGCCUUCAUUUUGGCUGGUUAUAUCUUUUCUUAUGACCGCAAAGCAAUCAACUGGCGAACUGUCAUAUCCGGAAUAGUGUGCCAGUUUAUUUUGGGAGUGCUCUGCCUUCGGUGGGAAGUGGGCCGCAAAAUUUUCCAAUGUAUCGGCGAUAAAGUUACAACCUUUCUAACAUUUGCUGACGAAGGAAGUCGUUUCGUUUUUGGCGAUUCACUUGUUAAUGAUUCCAUCUUUGCUUUUGCCAUUUUGCCAGUUAUAUUCUUCUUCAGUUUCUUCAUUUCAAUCUUACACUAUUGGGGUGUCAUGCAAUGGAUAGUCGUGAAACUCGGAUGGUUGUUACAACAAAUUUUGGGUACGACAGUCUGUGAAAGUGUGACAUCAGCGGCUAAUAUAUUUCUAGGCAUGUCUGAGAGUCCACUGCUAGUUCGGCCAUAUAUUAAGAAGCUCACCGCUAGUGAAUUGCAUUCUAUAAUGGCCUCUGGAUUUGCAACUGUUUCCGGCACGGUCUUGGCAGCAUACUUAUCCUUCGGAGCUUCAGCAGCUCACCUAAUUACUUCGAGCGUUAUGGCGGCACCAGCAGCAUUGGCAUUUUCAAAACUUUACAUGCCCGAAACGGAGGAAAGUCAAACUACAUCGAAAAAUAUCGAGUUGGAGAAAUCAGAAGACUCAUCUAUACUGGAUGCGGCAUCAAAUGGAGCUAGUUCCGCAAUACCCAUCGUUUUGGGUAUUGCCGCCAACAUUGUCGCCUUUGUCGCCUUUGUAGCAUUUCUUAAUGCCGUGGUAAACUGGUUCAGCUUUUUGGUUGGAUUGGAAGACGUUGAUUUCGAAUGGCUAUUUUCCAAACUAUUUAUCCCGCUGGCUUGGGCCAUGGGUGUGCCCUCCAAGGACUGUGAUAUUGUGGCAAAAAUUGUGGCCACUAAGACAAUAAUCAACGAAUUUGUAGCAUAUGAGCGUUUGGGAGAAUACAUAAAAAACGGUGACCUCGAGGCUCGCAGCAUUAGCAUAUCAACAUUUGCCAUCUGUGGCUUUGCAAAUCCAAGCUCACUGGGCAUACUCAUUGGCACACUGAGCGCGAUGGCGCCGAAUAGACGAUACAUUAUAACAUCGGUUGCAAUGCGUGCAUUUAUUGUUGGUAGCAUAGUGUGUUUCGUAUCUGCCAGUUUUGCAGGGCUGUUACUCCAGGAAGACGCGGAAAGUCUAAUAUAUGCCAAACACCUUAACGCAACUCAGCUCAAAAACAUUACAAUAGACAUUUUUAAAACCUCUUUUAGACCUCAAUAAAAUACGUACGUCUGGUUAUGUUUCA